AUGGCAACAUCUACUCAGCUUCAAUGUGGCGGUCGAACCUGUCCUGAAUGUGGAAAAUGUAGUGAUUGGGUUCCUAAUUAUGGCAAGAAGUAUAAGCGUCGUGAUGAUGGAACUUGUCGUGAUAAUACCGAUACUCUUUAUGAUGCUCUUUUUCGUGCUGGGCUUGCUGUUGCUGAUGCUCGUCCUUCUGCUCGUAAAUCUAUUAGAAUGCCCCAUAAUCUUGCUACUGAUCGUUGUCGUCGUGCUGUCGAUGAUGUUAAUGCUGCGUUUAAUGCUGCUAUUGUUGAUGAUGAUCUUCGCGAUCUUGUUAUUGAGGGCCUUAGUUGUGCUGAAAUGGUUGCUUAUGAUAUUGAUCGUGCUUGUGAUGAGGAUGGUCGUACUAUUCUUAGAGCUUGUAAAGCUGUUCGAAAUGCUCAGGAUAAUCAUGUAUGCCAUUGUAAAGAAAUGGCUGGAAAAGAGGACACUAAUCACUCUGACAGUUUGAACUAA